AUGGUGAUGAAGUCAUCAGUUGAGGAUGAUGAUGUGGGAUGGGGACUGGGUGUCCCAGAGAAGAUGAGGAACAAUGCAAACUGGGUGGACAUUACACAUGACUUCAAAGAGGCAUGCAAAGGUACAAGCUCAGUGUGUGUGUUUUCUUACAUGCUUUAACACUUUUUUUCAGGAUGUGCUGGUGAUUUGAGUUCUUGGGGGCUUUUGAUACUUGCCCCUCUCGUUUGUUUGUUGGACAGUUCUGAAAUACCUUCCCUGGUAAAUCAGGUUUCUCAUCAAAAGAUUGGUGUAAAUUUACAUUUUACAUUUUUAGUCAUUUAGCAGACGCUCUUAUCCAGAGCGACUUACAGUUAGAAUCACACAACCAGUAAAAUAAAGGCCUGUACAGUACAGCAAUUCCUAAUGUAUAUCCAGUGUUUUCAGCUCUGUGGGAAUUUGGUGCCACCAGUCUGAAAUGGAAGCUGGAUGGCACAGGUUAACAUGCCCUGCUGACCCCAUUGACAUCAAUGCAUGACUAAGUCCAAAUUAAAUUUAAGUAGAAGUUAGGAUUCACCAUUUGGCGUCUAACUCCUGUGUAUCUCUUCAUACAGUACAUACUGGUGUUACACUGUACUACUGUAACAUAAAUACUGCUUUUAUCAUUAUAGUUCAGAUGACUGAAUACUUUUGCAUUUGUUUUCUCUGUUGUAUUUACAGAGCUCAACCUUGGGGAGUUGCUCCAUGACAAAUUGUGAGUAUGAGUGUUUGUUUGUUUCACACUGUUCUAAUCAACCAUUAGUGAAAUACUGAAGUGCUUGCAGUCUGCCUCAUUAAUGCAUACACUGUAUCUAUCACUAGACAACACACACACACUUUCGGUAUUUCUAAUGGCACAUUUUUCAGCAGGUUUGGCCUGUUUGAGGCUAUGUCUGCCAUUGAGAUGAUGGACCCCAAGAUGGACGCCGGGAUGAUUGGCAACCAGGUCAACAGGAAAGUCCUCAACUUUGAACAGGCAGUCAAGGUAUGGCUCUGAUUCCUGGAGUUUCAGACUGUAAAAUUAAAAUGUUGGUCUUAUGUUGAACCUUUAGUGAAGUGCAUUAUAGUCCAUAAAGACUCUCCCCCUCCCUUUCGUAUCCUCUCUCUCUCCUCUCUUGUCUCUAGGAUGGUGCCAUCAGAGUGAGGGACCUCAGUCUUCCUGAGCUGAUUGGGAUCAUGGACAACUGUUUCUGCUGCUUGGUCAGUUUUAUUGCCUUAUCAAUACCAAACUGUAUCAACAAACUAUGCAUAAUAAUUACCAAUCAAAACAAACGUAAGUAUGUGUGUGUAGAUCACCUGGCUGGAGGGUCACUCCCUAGCCCAGACAGUGUUCACCUGCCUGUACGUCCACAACCCCGACCUGAUCGAGGACCACGCCCUCAAGGCCUUCGCUCUGGGCAUCCUCAAGGUGUGCGACAUUGCCCGCGAGAAGGUCAACAAAGCUGCCGUGUUCGAGGAGGUAAGCCACUUGGUCCCUUAGGGCUUUUGCACACACACAGUCACGCCAAUGGCCAUAAAAAUUGGCAAGACGGCACCAACAGAUCUGGGACCAGGGUAACGCACACCAUCUCCUAUAAUCCCGUCUAUGGGACACAGUUAGGCUUGCAAAAUUCUGGAAACUUUCAAUAAAUUCCCUGGUUUUCCAGAACUCCUGGUUGGAGGUUUACGGGAAUCAGAAGAGAAUAUAAGCAGGAAAUCCGGAAUCCUCCAACCAGGAUUUCUGGAAAACCAGGAAAUGUAUUGAAAGUUCACAGAAUUUUGCAACUUACUGUACCUCCUAGGUCUUCUGAUCUGAAACAACACUUUGUUUGGUUAUAUAUGUAAUAUUCAAGAUCCUGUUCUAUGUUCUGUGUCUAGGAGGAUUUCCAGGCCAUGACGUAUGGCUUCAAGAUGGCCAACAAUGUGACAGAUUUACGGGUUACAGGUGAUGUUCAUGUGAUGGGUUUAGUCAGUGUUGUGGUCAAUUUUUGGCAUUGGCGGUAUAGAAUAUAUAUGUAGUAAUGUGUGUGUACCAAAUUAACCUUAUAUAUGUCAAUGGCACCAACAGGUAUGCUAAAGGAUGUGGAGGACGAGUUACAGAGAAGAGUUAAGGUACAGUACUUGCACACUACUUUCUUCCCGUGAACUAACAACUGAACAUGACUACACUCUGGCAGAAUGGCGAAACACAUUACUGAAUAAUAUCGCUCAUCCUUAACUUCGAUGACCGCAAGUGUGUACCUCCAACAGAACUGCACAGCUCAUCCGUCACAAGUUAUCUCCUCUUCCUCUCUCUCCUUUCCCUCUCCCUCUGUCAUUCCCUGUUUUUCGCUCCCCAUCAUCUCCCAUAGAGCACACGCAGUCGCCAGGGCGAGCAGCGGGACCCAGAGGUGGAGUUGGAGGUAAGACUCUCAAUCACUCUCUCCCUAUGGGUAUAUCCACCAGUCCACCCUAUCAUCUCUCAAAUCCAAUGGCCUAUUCUCAAAUCAACCCAAAAAUGUAUGCCCUAUACACUGUUGAUCUAAGAGACUUUGAUAGGUCUAAGCAAUAUGGUAAAAUUCCCACCUAGCUUAUCAGAGGAACACUUAAAGCCUUAUCUAUACACCUAUCAAAUUAUAUCAGAGUGCAUAUGGUGUGGUGUAGUGUAGCAUCUAGGGGUCAAUUUGGGAUUCGCCAUAUAUUCCCUGCCUUCUGCCAUGCCCAGUCCAGCAGAGCUUAAGAGUGAGGCAGCCUUUCAGUGAGACAAGCCUGGAAAUAUGCAGCCGUUUCAACAACAAAAAAGGAUCAAUCCCCCAAAAUGGAGAGGUUUCUGGGUGGUCGGAAUGAACAUUGUGCGACAGAGCUAAAUAUGUGUGUCCCUAGGGCCUACAAAGAUAUAUUGUGUGUUUUUGAGAUUGUGUGUGACUUAACCUUUUUCUGUGCCUCCUUUCUCAGCAUCAGCAGUGUAUUGCACUUUUCAGUAGGAUCAAGUUUACACGUCUUCUACUGACAGCGCUGAUCGCCUUCACUAAGAAAGAGGUAACACACACACAUUUAGCUUAGCUUUACUAAGAAAGAGGUAACACACACACAUUUAGCUUAGCUUUACUAAGAAAGAGGUAACACACACACAUUUAGCUUAGCUUUACUAAGAAAGAGGUAACACACACACAUUUAGCUUAGCUUUACUAAGAAAGAGGUAACACACACACAUUUAGCUUAGCUUUACUAAGAAAGAGGUAACACACACACAUUUAGCUUAGCUUCACUAAGAAAGAGGUAACACACACACAUUUAGCUUAGCUUCACUAAGAAAGAGGUAACACACACACAUUUAGCUUAGCUUCACUAAGAAAGGGGUAACACACACACAUUUAGCUUAGCUUUACUAAGAAAGAGGUAACACACACACAUUUAGCUUAGCUUUACUAAGAAAGAGGUAACACACACACAUUUAGCUUAGCUUUACUAAGAAAGAGGUAACACACACACAUUUAGCUUAGCUUUACUAAGAAAGAGGUAACACACACACAUUUAGCUUAGCUUCACUAAGAAAGAGGUAACACACACACAUUUAGCUUAGCUUUACUAAGAAAGAGGUAACACACACACAUUUAGCUUAGCUUUACUAAGAAAGAGGUAACACACACACAUUUAGCUUAGCUUUACUAAGAAAGAGGUUCAUGUGCAUAACGGUAUGCUGAUUUGAUUUUUGAUUUGGCGUGUAAUUGGUUGACUGAUGUGUGAUGUCAUGUUGGCUCUGUCAGACCAGCUCAGUGAGUGAAGCCCAGAAACUCAUGCAGCAGGCAGCAUAUCUCCUCCCAGCCCUCCACUCUAACAUUGAACAUGGCAUUCAGUCCCAGAACGAUACUACUAAAGGAGGUAACACACACUACACCAUGGCACCUAGGCCCAAUGUGUCCAACACUACCGUAAGAGGCAAUGCUACACUCACUUGGAGAAACUCUGACCGCAAUUGAGCCACUCACAGUUCUGAACCCUGACCUCCCCCCUGCGUUCCAGAUAACCCAAUCAUGAUGGGGUUUGAACCGCUGGUGAACCAGAGACUGCUGCCCCCCACCUUCCCCCGCUAUGCCAAGAUCAUCAAGAGGGAGGAGAUGGUCAAUUACUUCAGCAAGCUCAUCGACCGCAUCAAGACUGUGUGCGAGGUCAUCAACACAACUAACCUACAUGGAAUUCUGGUACGGGCCCAUUGUAACGCCAAGGUAGUGGGUUCGAUCCCCGGGACCACCCAUACACAAAAAUGUAUGCACGCAUGACUGUAAGUCGCUUUGGAUAAAAGCGUCUGCUAAAUGGCAUAUUAUAUUAUUAUUAUAUUAUUACUACAAUAAUAAUUUUGAACAUUACUGUAAUACUACAUUCUGACAAUGGUUCUGGAAUGGUCUGCUUGUUGUGUGAAAAUUUGCUAAAGGUUGUAGUAAUGUUUUAAUGUUCUGCUUUCAGGACUUUUUCUGCGAGUUCAGUGAGCAGUCCCCUUGCGUCCUCUCCAGGUCUCUGCUGCAGGUACGCAGCAUUCUCCCUUGUGAUUGGUGCAUCUGGACAAUUCUCUCUUCUGAUUGGUCCAGUUCUGAUGAAUCCCCUCCCUGUCUCUAGACAACGUUCCUGAUUGAUAAUAAGAAAGUGUUUGGGACCCAACCAAUGCAGGACAUGAUCAAAGACGCUCUGAGGUACUUUGUCAGCCCGCCAGUGCUCUCCUCCAAGUAAGUCAUCGAAGAUUGGAGUGCUUCUUUCUAUGCCCAACCUUCAAAUGCUUUAGAAAUGCAACCUUCCUUGAAUUCAUAACAGAUCUGAAUUGGUUGGAGUGGUGUUUAAAAUGGUGGCAAUGUUGCUUUCACCUAUCAAAUACCACAAAGGAAGGAAAGAUGUGUUUCUGAGGUAUUCGAACAGGGCCUACGUGUUUGUGUAACAGAUCUGAAUUGGUUGGAGUGGUGUUUAAAAUGGUGGCAAUGUUGCUUUCACCUAUCAAAUACCACAAAGGAAGGAAAGAUGUGUUUCUGAGGUAUUCGAACAGGGCCUACGUGUUUGUGUUAAAGCUCUAUCUCUAAAACUGACUGAUCCAUGCGUUGCCUCUGCAGGUGCUGCCUGCAUAAUAACCAACAGGCCAAGGACUACAUUGACUCCUUUGUCACACACUGUUCAAGGGUAAGUCACCUGGCUGCGUUCCAAGACCUCUUUUCUCUAUAUUAAUGCCACAAUCCUUCAUUCGUGUUUUUCCAGCCCAAACAGCAUCCCCGCCACUUGGUUAGCUAUGAAGUUGAGGGGUAGAGCUUGGGGAAAUGUUACCACUAAUUUAUAGAUGGAGCCGUGGCUCUGACAGUCCUUGAGAUCAACAUGAUAGUUUUAAACAUACUUUGAAGCUAUUAUUACCAUUUUUUCUCCAAUCAAUGGACUAAAACAACCUUGUUCGGUUUCCCUGCAGCCCUUUUGCAGUCUCAUCCAGAUCCACGGACACAACCGCGCUCGGCAAAGAGACAGACUAGGGCACAUCCUGGAGGAGUUUGCCACGCUGCAGGAUGAGGUGUGUGUGUGUGUGAGAGAAGCACAGCAUUUGAGUAGGCGUUGCUGUUUAGUGAUGUAAAUGAUCUAAAAUGUGUGUGCGCACACUUGACUGUAUGUUGCUGUUCUCCUGUGGUUGACUUAUGGGACUGGUGCGGGGGCGCCCCCUGCAGGCAGAGAAGGUGGACGCGGCACUGCACAGCCUGCUGAUGAAGCUGGAGCCCCAGAGACAGCACCUGGCCUGCCUGGGCACCUGGAUCCUCUACCACAACCUGCGCAUCAUGAUCCAGUACCUGCUCAGCGGCUUCGAGCUGGAACUCUACAGCAUGCACGAGUACUACUACAUCUACUGGUGAGGAUUGUGCGCACGUGUGUGUGUGUGUUCCAUGUGUACACUUGACUGAGGUGUGUGUGUGUGCAGGUAUCUGUCAGAGUUCCUGUAUGCGUGGAUCAUGUCCACUCUGAGUCGGGCGGACAGCUCUCAGAUGGCUGAGGAGCGCCUCAUGGAGGAGCAGCAGAAAGGACGCAGCAGCAAGAAAACCAAGAAGAAGAAGAAAGGUCAAGGAGGUCAGGAUCAAGUCAUACAUUAUUUACAUUGCAUUGAAUACAUCUGGGAGUACAUCGCCCUUGCCCCAUCCAUAACUUGUUCCUCAAUGAGAAUGUGUUUCCACCUGCAUAAACACACGCACACACACACACACUGAACUCCUGUCUCUGGUGCAGACUAUGAUGGCUCUGGAUAUGGACGGGAAGGUGCGGAAGCCCCAGUUUGAGUUGGACAGCGAGCAGGUGCGCUACGAGCAUCGCUUUGCCCCCUUCAACAGCGUGGUCACACCACCGCCAGUCCAUUACAUCCAGUUCAAGGUAUAGUACAUUUACAUUUUAGUCAUUUAGCAGACGCUCUUAUCCAGAGCGACUUACAGGAGCAAUUAGGGUUAAGUGCCUUGCUCAAGGGCACAUUAACGUCAUUUAGCAGACGCUCUUAGCCAGAGCGACUCACAAAUUGGUGCGUUCACCCUAUAGCCAGUGGGAUAACCACUUUACAAUUUGGGGGGGGGGGGGGGUAGAAGGAUUACUUUAUCCUAUCCCAGGUAUUCCUUAAAGAGGUGGGGUUUCAAAUGUCUCCGGAAGGUGGUGAGUGACUCCGCUGUCCUGGCGUCGUGAGGGAGCUUGUUCCACCAUUGGGGUGCCAGAGCAGCGAACAGUUUUGACUGGGCUGAGCGGGAACUAUGCUUCCGCAGAGGAAGGGGAGCCAGCAGGCCAGAGGUGGAUGAACGCAAUGCCCUCGUUUGGGUGUAGGGACUGAUCAGAGCCUGAAGGUACAGAGGUGCCGUUCCCCUCACUGCUCCAUAGGCAAGCACCAUGGUCUUGUAGCGGAUGCGAGCUUCAACUGGAAGCCAGUGGAGUGUGCGGAGGAGGGGGGUGACGUGAGAGAACUUGGGAAGGUUGAACACCAGACGGGCUGCGGCAUUCUGGAUGAGUUGUAGGGGUUUAAUGGCACAGGCAGGGAGGCCAGCCAACAGCGAGUUGCAGUAGUCCAGCCGGGAGAUGACAAGUGCAAUCAUGAUCCAGUAGUAGUGUGUUACCAACCGUCGCUAGCUAUGACUGUGUGCUUGCGUUUUCAUGUGUCUGUGGUGCGUUCCAGGUCGACGUAAUUGCAGACGAGCUGCAAAGGGAAUGACAUGUUAUAGUGGAGAUAAAAAAAAAGACAAUCUGUAACGUGACCUGUUUCUCUCCGUGUGUGUCGGCUGUAGGAGAUGUCUGAUCUGAAAAAGUACAGUCCUCCUCCCCAGUCAGCUGACCUCUACAUGGCGGCCAGCAAACACUUCCAGCAAACCAAACUCAUCCUGGAGAACGUCCCCAGCCCCGACCCAGAGGUCAGCAAACCCUAUAACCCCUAAUAGCAGUAGUAGAAGCAGCAGCAGUAAAAUAGAUUGUGUCUCAUGUUUGUGGGUCUGAAUUGCCACUUUUAAUUUGCUGAUUGUUGCAGGUGAAUCGCAUCCUAAAAGUUGUCAAACCCAACAUUGUGGUCAUGAAGCUACUUGCCGGGGGGCACAAGGAGACAAAGGUAACAACACAUCAUAAUGCAAUGAGAAAAACGUGCCACAAAAUAUAUUGGGGAAUUUAAACAUUUCUGGGGCAUUAUUGUUGUUGGGUGAUCAAAAUAAUGGUACUCCCCAUCUCUAGGUACUACCAGAGUUUGAUUUCUCUGCUCACAAGUACUUCCCUGUGGUCAAGAUCAUCUGA